AUGCCGACAACUCGAUCGUGUGACCAAUGUUAUACGCAGAAGAAGAAGUGCCAACGGGAGAAAGACUUAGCCAAGUGUAUUCGAUGUGCCCAUCUUGCACUGGACUGCUCGACAGCUCGGAAUUCCCGUCCUCCAGGCCGGCCCGCGCGAUCUAAACUUCUUGGUCCUGCCGCAGAAAUUCAAGUGUGGGCCUCACAGGAGCGGUGGCCUGCUUCGAGGAUAUCUAGUUCGCCAAACACGGAUGUUCAGAGCGUGUCUCCACUUUCGCAGAGUACUUCGACCGAUACCACGUCAGAACAAGAGCCUUUGGUGGUUCAUCAUCUCAACGGCUCAGUCGGCCAUGGCAUCCAAUCUAAAUUACCCGAUAUACUUCAGGAACUUGGAGGAAAUCAAGAACCAAGCACGCCAGCGCCAGAACCCACGGACGAGGAGUUCUAUGAUUUGAAUGACAUCUUCAUGAUCGGCCCAAGCUUCACUAAAACCUUUCGCCACGCUCUGAAUUAUUCCUACCUAAAAGCGCCUCAUAUCCUGAGGGAUAUGUUCUCUGUCAUGAUCAGAUACAUGACAAACACAAUGACGCCGAAUACUACUGCACCGGUCCAUGCAGAGAUCGCCGAGGUUGCAGAUCUGUUGCGGAAAUUACAAGUCACGGAGAUAUCCAAUGAUAAUGAUGCCUUGGCGGUACUUGUACUCGGUCAGAGCCUGGCUGCAUUGGACUCGUUCGUGGUCUCUACCGGAUCGAUGCUCAUUCUCCGGCAUUCACUAUAUCUGGCCAAACCGUGGUAUCCGCAGCUGGCUCAUGUGGAGUUCCUGGACUCGGUCACGGUGACUCCGAUCUUUUGGGAGAUACUCGAAUGUCUGCUCAAGCGGGAGAGCCCAAUAAUUCGACCAAGGAUCCAUCGACCGCACGUUGUCGAUCGGCUGUUCGGCUUAUGUGUGUCUCUGAUGCCAAUACUUUACGACUUGUGCGAGGUGAGCCACGAGAUGAAGCUCCAAUCUCAACCAGAAAGACAUAAACUGGAUAUUAUCGAGCAGCAAGUUCUUUCAUGGAAUCCCGCUAAUUCCCCUCUACCUGGUUCAAAAUUCACCGACUCCGAGGUCAUGCUGCUACGGGCUCAAGCAUCCAUAUACCGAUCUGCUACUCUACUCCUCAUACAUCGCCUCAAGUACCCCCUGUCCUGCGAAGAUGGAAUUGCCGUAUCUUAUGCAAACGAUAUCAUGGAAGAAAAGGAUAGGAUUCUGCUACACGGCGGGCCCGAUACGAAGCUUCAAUUUGGCUGCUUCCCUUUGUACUUGGCACUACUUGAGAUUCCGUUGCGGCCGGAGAGUAUAUCGAAGAGUCUGACGAAGCUUUCUCAUCGUCCAGCGUGUGCUGAGCAGUUCUUUGCCUUUCACAAAUAUUUCUGGCAACGAAGGUGGGAUGGGUUCAAGGGCUCUCUAUUUGAUCUUAUUGAUAACGGACCAACAUUCAUGGCUGUGCCGUGA